AUGGCACUCAAAUAUUACGGUCAAUAUCUUUCAGAGUUUGAAAGACAAAUAGAGAUACACAAUUAUAGUCAUAUUUACUUUGUAGGACCUCAUGCAGCAAAUAAAAAGAAUGGCACAUUGAAUAUUGUCAACAACUUUGGACAUGAUGAUGAGCGUGGAGAUUAUAAGAUUGUUAUUCAAGACCAUUUGGCUUACCGAUAUGAAGUGAUUGAUGUCCUCGGAAGAGGUUCCUUUGGCCAAGUCGUUAAAUGUAUUGAUCAUCAAACAGCACAAACAGUCGCCAUUAAACUUAUCCGUAAUAAAAGGAGAUUUCAUGCUCAGGCAAUGACAGAGAUAGAUAUCCUAAAAAAAUUAGUUGAAUGGGAUCCGGAUGAUACAUAUCAUACAAUUAAAUUGACAGAUUAUUUUUACUUUAGAAAUCACUUGUGUAUUGCCUUUGAAUGCCUAUGUAUGAACCUUUAUGAGUUUAUCAAGAGCAAUCAUUUCCAGGGAUUUAGCCUUAAUCUCAUUAAAAAGAUUACUGUUCAAAUACUUCAAUCAUUAACAUUAUUAGCUAAACAUAAUUUAAUUCAUUGUGAUUUAAAGCCUGAGAAUAUUAUGUUGAAACAUCCAGGGAAAACUAGCAUAAAAGUAAUCGAUUUUGGCAGUAGUUGCUUUGAAUCAGAAAGAAUAUACACAUAUAUUCAAAGUCGUUUUUAUAGGUCACCAGAAGUUAUAUUAGGUCUUCCUUAUCAUAAAGCAAUUGAUAUGUGGAGUUUGGGAUGUAUUUUAGCAGAACUUUAUACUGGAUUACCAUUAUUUCCUGGAGAAAAUGAACAAGAACAAUUGAAUUGUAUUAUGGAGGUAAUAGGGUUACCUGAUAGACGUUUAAUUGAAAAAUGCUCAAGAAGAAAGUUAUUUUUCGACUCAAUGGGUCAUCCACGUAUUAUCACAAAUUCUAAAGGAGAGAAAAGAUUUCCAGCCACUCGAUCACUAUUACAGGUUCUUAAAAACUGUGAUAUUGUAUUUAUUAACUUUAUUGAAAAGUGUUUACAAUGGGAUCCAGCGAAGCGUAUGACGCCUCAAGCAGCCUUAGAGCAUAAAUGGAUUACAGCCCAAUAA